UUGAAUGUGAUUCAGAAGAUAAAUUUUCUGAACUUGAUUCAGAUGAUUCUGAUUAUACACGUCAACAAAAAAAAGGAAAAUUCAAAGCAAACAAAAAUCAAAAAUCAGUAAAUAAAAUUCAUGAAGAGAUUGAUACAAUUCAAGAAAUGAUUAUAGCAAAUCAUGAAGAGUUAAACAUAAAUGGUAAAAGAAAAUAUAAUUUUGACAAUUUAAUUGAUGAAAAUGAGUUGUUUGAUGACAACAUAUCAGAUGUCGAAGAAGA